AUGCAGCACCCGCUGGAACUGGGGGCCGCGCACUAUUUCCCGGCCGAAGCCUUCCCCGACCACCGCUCGCACCGCUACCGGAGCUUCAUGAUCGAGGAGAUCCUCACCGACCCCCCGGACGCCAAGGGGGCCGCGCCGGCGGGGGAGCUGCUCAAAUUCGGGGUGCAGGCGCUGCUCUCCGCCCGUCCCUACCACAACCACCUCGCGGUGCUGAAGGCGGAGCCGGCCGCCGUGUUCAAGUUCCCGCUGGCUCCCCUGGGCUGCUCGGGGCUGGGCUCGGCGCUGCUGGCCGCCGGCUCGGGGCUACAGGGCGGCUCCGCGUCGCCCCAUCUCCCGCUGGAGCUGCAUCUCCGCGGCAAGCUGGACCCCGGCCCCCCGGAGCCGGGCGGCAAGGCCAAGAAGGGGCGUCGGAGCCGCACCGUCUUCACCGAGCUGCAGCUCAUGGGGCUGGAGAAGCGCUUCGAGAAGCAGAAAUACCUCUCCACGCCCGACAGAAUAGACCUGGCCGAAUCGCUGGGGCUUAGCCAGCUCCAGGUGAAAACCUGGUACCAGAACAGGCGCAUGAAAUGGAAAAAAAUAGUGUUGCAGGGGGGCGGCCUGGAGUCCCCCACCAAGCCCAAGGGCCGCCCCAAGAAGAACUCCAUCCCCAGCAGCGAGCAGCUCUCGGAGCAGGAGCGGGCCCGGGAGGCCGAGAAGCCGCCCGAGGGCGUGGGCUCGCCGGCCGAGGUCAGCCAGGAGGAGUGAGGGUG